GCAGGAGGAGCUGUCUGCAACUUGGCCUUUGAAGUCUCCCCUCAUGGCUGUCGUCAUCGAGUCCAUCCACCUGGCUGCUGGCCGCCCUCUUCGUCUCCUCUUUCCUUAUACAAUUGUGAAGGAAUGAAGUCCAGCGUUACGGGCUUCUCAAGGGAGCUGGGUCUUCGCAUCAUGUGUCCGAAGUAGGAUAGUUUGAGCCUGGUCAUCUGUGCCUCCAGUAAGAAUUCUGGAUUGAUUGGUUCUAGAAAUGUAAUCUACGCAAAAUGACUUUGCCUGGUCAAGGACAAGCCUCAUCUACUAGGAGAGGGGGAAAUGGCUCUCAUCGCUGAACAGUUUUGGUAACAGAAAGAGAAGCCUGUCUGUGACCCAGCAACAUGGUCGCGUUGUCCUUGAAGAUCUGCGUCCGCCACUGCAAUGUGGUCAAGACCAUGCAGUUUGAGCCGUCCACGGCGGUGUACGAUGCCUGCCGGGUAAUCCGCGAGCGAGUGCCCGAGGCUCAGACGGGGCAAGCCUCUGACUACGGGUUAUUCCUGUCCGAUGAUGAUCCACGGAAAGGCAUUUGGUUGGAAGCUGGCAGAACCCUGGAUUACUACAUGCUACGAAAUGGGGAUAUUUUGGAAUAUAAAAAGAAACAAAGGCCACAGAAAAUACGGAUGCUGGAUGGGUCAGUGAAGACGGUGAUGGUGGAUGACUCUAAAACGGUCGGGGAGUUGUUGGUCACCAUUUGCAGCCGGAUCGGUAUAACAAAUUACGAAGAAUACUCCUUAAUCCAGGAGAGCAAUGAAGAAAAAAAAGAGGAGGGCACUGGGACCCUGAAGAAAGACCGAACGCUCUUAAGGGAUGAAAAAAAGAUGGAGAAAUUAAAGGCAAAGCUGCAUACAGAUGAUGACCUAAACUGGUUAGAUCACAGUCGGACGUUCCGAGAGCAAGGAGUGGAUGAGAACGAGACGCUGCUGCUGAGACGCAAGUUCUUCUAUUCAGACCAGAACGUCGAUUCCAGAGAUCCUGUUCAACUCAACUUACUUUAUGUUCAGGCCCGUGACGACAUUUUGAAUGGCUCCCAUCCAGUGUCCUUUGAGAAGGCGUGUGAAUUUGGGGGCUUCCAAGCCCAGAUCCAGUUUGGACCGCAUGUGGAGCAUAAGCACAAACCUGGAUUUUUAGACCUAAAAGAAUUCCUUCCGAAAGAAUAUAUCAAGCAAAGAGGAGCUGAAAAGAGGAUAUUUCAGGAACACAAGAACUGCGGAGAGAUGACUGAGAUAGAAGCCAAGGUGAAGUACGUGAAGUUGGCCCGAUCCCUGAGGACCUAUGGAGUCUCCUUUUUCCUUGUAAAGGAGAAAAUGAAGGGCAAGAACAAGCUGGUCCCUCGCUUGCUGGGCAUCACCAAGGAGUCGGUGAUGCGUGUGGACGAGAAGACCAAGGAGGUGCUUCAGGAGUGGCCCCUGACGACCGUGAAGCGCUGGGCUGCCUCCCCCAAGAGCUUCACGCUGGAUUUUGGCGAAUACCAAGAAAGUUACUACUCCGUACAAACCACUGAAGGCGAACAGAUCUCUCAACUCAUUGCGGGAUACAUUGAUAUCAUCCUCAAGAAGAAGCAAAGCAAGGACCGAUUUGGACUUGAAGGUGAUGAGGAAUCAACCAUGUUGGAAGAGUCCGUAUCGCCUAAAAAGUCGACCAUCUUGCAGCAGCAGUUCAACCGCACCGGGAAGGUGGAGCACGGCUCCGUGGCGCUGCCGGCCGUCAUGCGCUCCGGCUCCACUGGCCCGGAGACCUUCAAUGUGGGCAGCAUGCCCUCGCCCCAGCAGCAGGUCACGGUCGGGCAAAUGCACCGGGGCCACAUGCCUCCCUUGACCUCCGCACAGCAGGCCUUGAUGGGGACCAUCAACACCAGCAUGCACGCCGUUCAGCAGGCCCAGGCAGACCUGACCGAAGUCGACAAUCUCCCACCUCUAGGAAACGACAUGGCCUCCAGGGUUUGGGUGCAGAACAAAGUGGACGAAUCGAAGCACGAGAUCCACUCUCAGGUCGAUGCCAUCACAGCAGGAACGGCUUCCGUCGUGAACCUCACCGCAGGUGACCCCGUGGACACGGACUACACAGCCGUGGGCUGUGCCAUCACCACCAUCUCGUCAAACCUCACCGAAAUGUCCAAAGGGGUCAAGCUUCUCGCUGCACUCAUGGACGAUGAAGUUGGGAGCGGGGAGGACCUGCUGAAAGCUGCUCGGACCCUGGCAGGGGCCGUGUCGGACCUGCUGAAAGCUGUCGAACCGACUUCUGGAGAGCCUCGCCAGACGGUCCUGACAGCAGCCGGGAGCAUCGGACAAGCCAGCGGCGAGCUUCUCCGGCAAAUUGGGGAGAACGAGACCGACGAACGAUUCCAGGAUGUGUUGAUGAGUCUGGCCAAGGCUGUAGCCAAUGCUGCCGCCAUGCUGGUGCUGAAGGCGAAGAACGUGGCCCAGGUGGCGGAAGACAGCGUCCUGCAGAACCGAGUGAUUGCCGCUGCGACUCAGUGCGCCCUCUCCACCUCCCAGCUAGUCGCCUGCGCCAAGGUCGUGAGCCCCACAAUCAGUUCGCCCGUCUGCCAGGAGCAGCUGAUCGAGGCCGGGAAGCUGGUGGACCGCUCCGUGGAGAACUGCGUCCGAGCGUGCCAGGCGGCCACGGACGACCCGGAGCUGCUCAAGCAGGUCAGCGCAGCGGCCAGCGUGGUCAGCCAGGCGCUGAACGAUCUCCUGCAGCACGUCCGGCAGUUUGCUAGCAGGGGGGAGCCCAUUGGGCGCUACGACCAGGCCACCGACACCAUCAUGUGUGUCACGGAGAGCAUCUUCAGUUCCAUGGGGGACGCUGGUGAAAUGGUGCGGCAGGCCAGAGUCCUAGCUCAAGCCACCUCGGACCUCGUGAACGCCAUGCGGUCCGAUGCCGAGGCGGAAAUCGACAUGGACAAUUCCAAGAAGCUGCUGGCGGCUGCGAAACUUCUGGCCGAUUCAACAGCCCGGAUGGUCGAAGCUGCCAAGGGGGCUGCAGCCAACCCGGAAAAUGAAGACCAGCAACAGAGGCUCCGGGAAGCGGCCGAGGGCCUGCGGGUGGCUACCAACGCGGCUGCUCAGAAUGCCAUUAAGAAGAAGAUCGUCAACAGAUUAGAGGUGGCUGCUAAGCAAGCAGCAGCAGCCGCAACGCAGACGAUCGCAGCCUCCCAGAAUGCAGCCAUUUCCAACAAGAACACGGCCGCGCACCAACAGCUGGUCCAGAGCUGCAAGAAUGUGGCUGAUCACAUCCCUCAGCUGGUCCAGGGGGUGCGAGGGAGUCAAGCACAGGCUGAAGACCUGAGCGCUCAGCUGGCUUUGAUCAACUCCAGCCAGAACUUCCUCCAGCCAGGGAGCAGAAUGGUCGCCUCCGCCAAAGCAGCAGUGCCCACGGUGGCCGACCAGGCUGCAGCCAUGCAGCUGAGCCAGUGUGCCAAGAACUUGGCCACCAGCCUCGCCGAGCUCCGAACUGCCUCCCAAAAGGCCCAUGAGGCGUGCGGACCCAUGGAGAUUGAUUCCGCCUUGAACACCGUCCAGACACUCAAAAACGAGCUGCAGGAUGCCAAGAUGGCGGCUAUGGACUGGCAGCUGAAGCCUCUUCCAGGAGAAACGCUGGAGAAAUGCGCUCAGGACCUGGGAAGCACCUCCAAAGCCGUCGGCUCGUCGAUGGCCCAGCUGCUGACAUGCGCGGCUCAAGGCAACGAGCACUACACAGGGGUGGCUGCAAGAGAGACGGCUCAGGCCUUGAAGACCUUGGCGCAGGCGGCCCGGGGCGUGGCAGCAUCCACCGGCGACCCCACCGCUGUGCACGCCAUGUUGGACUCGGCGCGGGACGUGAUGGAAGGGUCGGCCAUGCUCAUCCAGGAAGCCAAGCAGGCCUUGGUGGCUCCCGGCGACGCAGAAAGCCAGCAGAGGCUUGCACAGGUGGCCAAGGCCGUCUCCCACUCGCUGAACAGCUGCGUGAACUGCCUGCCUGGCCAGAAAGACGUGGACGUGGCCCUGAAGAGCAUCGGCGAGUCUAGCAAGAAGCUGCUGGUGGAAUCGCUGCCUCCCAGUUCAAAGUCCUUCCAAGAAGCUCAGAGUGAGCUGAACCAGGCGGCUGCCGACCUGAACCAGUCAGCCGGGGAGGUUGUCCACGCGACUCGGGGCCAGAGCGGGGAGCUGGCGGCAGCCUCCGGGAAGUUCAGCGAAGACUUUGAUGAGUUCCUCGAUGCUGGUAUCGAAAUGGCCGGGCAAGCUCAGACGAAAGAGGACCAGAUUCAAGUCAUCGGGAACCUCAAGAAUAUCUCGAUGGCUUCCAGCAAGCUGCUCCUGGCCGCCAAGUCGCUCUCCGUGGAUCCGGGGGCUCCCAACGCCAAGAAUCUCCUGGCGGCAGCAGCAAGGGCUGUGACAGAGAGCAUAAACCAGCUCAUCACGCUGUGCACGCAGCAAGCUCCAGGACAAAAGGAGUGUGACAAUGCUCUUCGGGAACUGGAGACAGUUAAAGAGAUGCUGGAGAAUCCCAACGAACCUGUGAGCGACCUCUCCUACUUCGAUUGCAUCGAAGGUGUUAUGGAAAACUCCAAGGUGCUUGGAGAGGCCAUGGCAGGGAUUUCCCAGAAUGCCAAGACAGGAGACCUCCCAGUCUUUGGCGAGUGUGUCGGGGUGGCUUCCAAGGCCCUCUGUGGGCUCACUGAAGCAGCUGCCCAGGCCGCUUACCUGGUGGGCAUCUCGGAUCCCAACAGCCAGGCGGGCCAGCAGGGCCUGGUGGAUCCUAUCCAGUUCGCCAGGGCCAAUCAAGCAAUCCAAAUGGCCUGUCAGAAUUUGGUGGACCCAGGAAGCAGCCCCUCCCAGGUGUUAUCAGCCGCCACCAUCGUGGCCAAGCACACGUCUGCGCUCUGCAACGCCUGCCGGAUCGCUUCAUCCAAGACCACCAACCCCGUCGCCAAGAGGCACUUUGUCCAGUCUGCCAAGGAGGUGGCGAACAGCACGGCCAACCUGGUCAAAACCAUCAAGGCCUUGGAUGGCGACUUCUCAGAAGACAACCGCAGCAAGUGUCGGGUUGCGACUGCUCCGCUGAUUGAAGCUGUGGAGAAUCUAACAGCCUUUGCGUCAAACCCAGAGUUCGUCAGCAUCCCGGCGCAGAUUAGCGCAGAGGGCUCCCGUGCCCAGGAGCCCAUUCUGAUGUCCGCCAGGACCAUGCUGGAGAGUUCCUCUUCGCUGAUCAAAACCGCUCGCUCACUGGCCAUCAACCCAAAGGACCCGCCUACCUGGUCUGUUCUUGCCGGCCAUUCGCACACUGUGUCCGAGUCCAUUAAGAGUCUCAUCACCUCCAUCAGAGACAAAGCCCCAGGCCAGCGGGAGUGUGACUGUUCCAUUGAUGGGAUCAACAGAUGCAUCCGGGAUAUCGAGCAGGCCUCCCUGGCUGCAGUCAGUCAAAACCUGGCCACAAGAGACGACAUUUCUGUGGAGGCUCUGCAGGAGCAGCUGACAUCCGUCGUUCAGGAAAUUGGGCAUCUUAUCGACCCGAUUGCCACGGCGGCUCGAGGCGAAGCUGCUCAGCUUGGACACAAGGUGACGCAGCUGGCCAGCUACUUCGAGCCGCUGGUCCUUGCUGCCGUGGGCGUGGUCUCCAAGCUGAUGAAUCACCAGCAGCAGAUGACCCUGUUGGACCAGACCAAAACGCUGGCCGAGUCUGCCCUUCAGAUGCUCUAUGCAGCCAAAGAAGGAGGAGGAAACCCCAAGGCUUCGCACACUCACGAUGCCAUCACCGAAGCCGCCCAGCUGAUGAAAGAAGCUGUGGACGAUAUCAUGGUGACCCUGAACGAAGCAGCCAGCGAAGUGGGCAUGGUGGGGAACAUGGUGGAUUCCAUUGCCGAAGCCAUGAGCAAGCUGGAUGAGGGCACCCCACCAGAGCCCAAGGGGUCCUUUGUGGAUUAUCAGACCACGGUCGUCAAGUACUCCAAAGCGAUUGCGGUGACAGCCCAAGAGAUGAUGACCAAGUCGGUGACGAAUCCAGAGGAGCUGGGAGGGCUGGCGUCACAAAUGACGACGGACUACGGGCAUCUGGCGUUCCAGGGGCGGAUGGCGGCAGCCACGGCUGAACCAGAAGAGAUAGGCUUCCAGAUCAGAACGCGGGUUCAAGAACUUGGGCACAGCUGCAUCUUUUUGGUCCAGAAGGCUGGCGCUCUGCAGAUCUGCCCCACGGACGGUUACACCAAGAGGGAGCUGAUAGAAUGCGCUCGUGCGGUUAGCGAAAAGGUUUCGUUGGUCCUCUCGGCCCUGCAGGCUGGUAACAAGGGCACCCAGGCAUGUAUAACCGCGGCUAGUGCCGUCUCGGGGAUCAUCGCAGACCUGGACACCACCAUCAUGUUCGCCACUGCUGGGACACUGAAUGCCGAGAACAACGAGUCCUUUGCAGACCACAGAGAAAAUAUACUGAAAACCGCAAAAGCUCUUGUUGAAGACACCAAGCUGUUGGUCUCUGGAGCUGCCUCAAGCCAGGAGAAGCUUGCCCAAGCGGCUCAGUCAUCGGCAAGCACCAUCACCCAGCUGGCAGAGGUGGUGAAGCUGGGAGCUGCCAGUCUGGGCUCAGAUGAGCCAGAAACGCAGGUUGUGCUGAUCAAUGCCAUCAAGGAUGUCGCCAAGGCCCUGUCUGACCUCAUUGGGGCCACCAAAGGAGCCGCCAGCAAAGCAGCAGAUGACCCUUCCAUGUAUCAGCUCAAGGGAGCGGCCAAGGUGAUGGUCACGAACGUCACAUCACUUCUGAAGACUGUGAAAGCUGUUGAAGAUGAAGCAACCCGCGGGACCAGAGCGCUGGAGGCGACGAUUGAGUACAUCAAGCAGGAGCUCACGGUGUUCCAGUCGAAGGAGGUUCCCGAAAAGACCUCAUCGCCUGAAGAAUCCAUCCGGAUGACGAAAGGCAUCACCAUGGCGACUGCCAAAGCGGUGGCAGCCGGGAACUCCUGCCGUCAGGAGGAUGUGAUUGCCACUGCCAACUUGAGCCGCAAAGCCGUGGCUGACAUGCUGACAGCCUGCAAGCAAGCUUCGUAUCAUCUCGACGUCAGUGAAGAGGUCCGGGCCAGAGCGCUGCGAUACGGGACGGAAUGUACUCUGGGUUACCUGGAGCUCCUCGAACAUGUUCUGAUGAUUCUCCAGAAGCCCACCCCAGAGCUGAAGCAUCAGCUGGCUGCUCUGUCGAAGAGGGUCGCCAGUGCCGUCACGGAGCUCAUCCAGUCAGCCGAAGCCAUGAAAGGCACGGAAUGGGUCGAUCCAGAGGACCCCACGGUUAUCGCAGAGACGGAAUUGCUGGGGGCCGCAGCCUCGAUAGAAGCUGCCGCGAAGAAGUUGGAGCAGCUGAAGCCCAGAGCCAAGCCCAAGCAGGCGGACGAGACUCUGGAUUUUGAAGAGCAGAUCCUAGAAGCCGCCAAAUCCAUCGCAGCUGCGACCAGUGCCCUGGUCAAGUCCGCGUCUGCCGCUCAGCGGGAGCUGGUGGCCCAAGGAAAGGUUGGAGCGAUCCCCGCUAACGCCGCUGACGAUGGGCAGUGGUCUCAGGGACUGAUUUCUGCCGCUCGCAUGGUCGCGGCGGCCACCAGCAACCUGUGUGAGGCCGCCAACGCUUCUGUCCAAGGCCACGCCAGCGAGGAAAAGCUCAUCUCCUCCGCCAAGCAAGUGGCGGCUUCGACGGCGCAGUUGCUCGUGGCUUGUAAAGUGAAGGCCGAUCAAGACUCGGAGGCCAUGAGGAGGCUGCAGGCUGCAGGCAAUGCUGUCAAGCGCGCCUCGGACAACCUAGUCAGAGCAGCUCAGAAGGCAGCAUUUGGAAAGGCGGACGACGACGACGUGGUGGUCAAAACCAAGUUUGUGGGAGGCAUUGCCCAGAUCAUUGCUGCACAGGAGGAAAUGCUGAAGAAGGAAAGGGAGCUGGAAGAAGCAAGGAAGAAGCUGGCCCAGAUCCGCCAACAGCAGUAUAAAUUUCUCCCUACCGAACUUCGGGAAGAUGAAGGCUAGGCGGCAGAGGUGUUUGUUGUAGAAAACCAUGAGCUGAAGAGGCAUUCGCUGCAGGGAAACUUUAUCGAGCACUUGCUGGACUCAGUUUGGGGUGAGAGAGGAGGAUCGGUGAGCAGGCUGUUCUCUCCGUUCUUCAGCCGUGGUGCGUUGGCCAACCAACUGAUGGUACAGUGUUAAAGGUCUGCCCUGCCCUGCCCUGAAUUGCUGUAUCUCAGGAGAGAGAGCCUCACUUCUUACUAAGGGGUUAUAAAGUCAGUAUUAUAUCCUAACCUGAAGUUUGAUCUAUUUAUUAUUCUCUUUGACCUGUGUUAAGGACUUUGAUCGUAUAAUAUGUAGGAAACCAGUGUUGAGAAGUUCACGUCUCAGAUCAGCUACCCAAAUGGAACUGGGGAGGUCUCUCUCUUCCCCCCCCCCCUUACAUCUUUUUCCCCCCAAGACCAAGGUUGAGGCAGCUGUAGCGUUUGAGAGAAACCAGACGUCUGAAUGUGGGCCUCAAUUAGAGGGCUUGUCGUCCUCUCCAGCGUCGUAAGGCUGGUUCGCUCUGAAAGCGGAGGCACCUUCUCAGUACCUGUUUGCACUAAAAAUAUUCAUUUCGGCACAUUGUCGGACAUCACGCCACUUUUUUGUACAGUGUUUCAAGAGUUCAAGGGUUUGGCCCGUAGAAGAUUUAGGGAAGCCAUUCUUUUUGGAGGAUUUAAAUAACCCAGGAAAGAGAGAUGGUGCGUGAGAGCAACGCAGGGUAGCAGAUUCAUGAAGGAAAAUGCUGUUUCAUUUAUUGCAUUGUUGUUUCUUGCUUCAGUGAUACAAAACAUAAGUCUCAGCAUUAAAUGGAAUUACUUUUC